GACGCUUCCGCUUAGGAAUUCUGGGAAGUGGAGUCCACGAACCGUGGGCACUCGGAGGCACUUCCGCUCCAGGAAGGCGAGGUCGGAUCUGAGAUAGCUCCCAGGGAGGUUCGCUCCCCCGGAACUCUGCCUUUUCCCAGAAGGAGGAGGGGAAAAAUGACCAAGUUCCAGGAGGCAGUGACAUUCAAGGAUGUGGCUGUGGCCUUCACUGAGGAGGAGCUGGGGCUGCUGGACUCUGCCCAGAGGAAGCUAUACCGAGAUGUGAUGCUGGAGAACUUUAGGAACCUGGUUUCAGUGGGACAUCAGUCCUUCAAACCAGAUAUGAUAUCCCAGUUGGAGAGGGAAGAAAAGCUUUGGAUGAAGGAGCUUCAAACCCAAAGAGGUAAGCAUUCAGGAGACAGGAAUCAAAAUGAGAUGGCAACUCUUCACAAAGCAGGAUUAAGGUGCUUUUCACUGGGAGAGCUUUCAUGCUGGCAAAUCAAGAGACACAUUGUGAGCAAAUUAGCCAGAAGUCAAGACUCCAUGAUAAAUAUUGAAGGAAAGAGCUCUCAGUUCCCCAAGCACCAUGAUUCCCCCUGUCAAGUGGGAGCAGGAGAAUCUAUUCAAGCUUCUGUGGAUGACAACUGUCUAGUGAAUCACAUAGGGGAUCAUUCCAGUAUCAUAGAAAAUCAAGAAUUUCCAACUGGGAAAGUUCCGAAUUCUUGGAGUAAAAUAUAUCUGAAUGAGACACAGAAUUAUCAGAGAAGUUGUAAGCAGACUCAGAUGAAAAACAAAUUAUGUAUAUUCGCUCCAUAUGUUGACAUUUUCAGUUGUAUUUCACACCACCAUGAUGAUAAUAUAGUGCACAAAAGAGAUAAAGUUCAUAGCAAUAGUGAUUGUGGUAAAGAUACCCUAAAGGUAUCACCUCUUACCCAGCGUAGUAUUCACACAGGACAGAAAACCUACCAGGGUAAUGAAUGUGAAGAAGCCUUCAAUGAUAGCUCCAGUCUUGAACUUCAUAAGCAGGUACACUUGGGAAGGCAGUCUCCAGCGUGUAGUACACAUGAGAAGGACACCAGUUAUAGCUCAGGUAUUCCUGUUCAACAAAGCGUUCGUACUGGGAAAAAACGCUAUUGGUGUCAUGAAUGUGGUAAAGGUUUCAGUCAGAGCUCAAAUCUGCAAACUCAUCAGAGAGUCCACACAGGGGAGAAACCCUAUACAUGCCACGAGUGUGGUAAGAGCUUUAAUCAGAGCUCACAUCUUUAUGCUCAUUUGCCUAUUCACACAGGAGAGAAGCCCUAUAGAUGUGACAGUUGUGGGAAGGGCUUCAGUCGUAGCACAGAUCUUAACAUUCAUUGCAGAGUUCACACUGGAGAGAAACCUUAUAAAUGUGAGGUGUGUGGGAAGGGCUUCACUCAGAGAUCACAUCUCCAGGCCCAUGAAAGAAUUCACACUGGAGAGAAACCAUAUAAAUGUGGGGAUUGUGGUAAACGCUUUAGUUGUAGCUCAAAUCUUCAUACCCAUCAGCGAGUCCACACUGAAGAAAAACCAUACAAAUGUGAUGAGUGUGGUAAGUGCUUUAGUUUGAGCUUUAAUCUUCAUAGUCAUCAACGAGUCCACACAGGAGAAAAACCAUAUAAAUGUGAAGAGUGUGGUAAGGGUUUUAGUUCAGCCUCAAGUUUCCAGAGCCAUCAGAGGGUCCAUACAGGAGAGAAACCAUUUCGAUGCAACGUGUGUGGGAAAGGCUUCAGUCAGAGUUCAUACUUUCAAGCACAUCAGAGAGUCCACACUGGAGAAAAACCAUACAAAUGUGAAGUGUGUGGGAAGCGCUUCAAUUGGAGCUUGAAUCUUCACAAUCAUCAGAGAGUCCACACCGGAGAGAAACCCUACAAAUGUGAAGAGUGUGGUAAGGGUUUCAGUCAGGCCUCAAAUCUUCAAGCCCAUCAGAGCGUCCACACUGGGGAAAAACCAUUCAAGUGCGAUGCAUGUCAGAAGCGAUUCAGUCAGGCCUCACACCUUCAAGCCCAUCAGAGAGUCCACACCGGAGAGAAACCAUAUAAAUGUGACACUUGUGGUAAGGCCUUCAGCCAGAGGUCAAAUCUUCAAGUCCAUCAGAUAAUUCACACUGGAGCGAAACCAUUUAAAUGUGAGGAAUGUGGGAAAGAAUUCAGUUGGAGUGCUGGUCUCAGUGCCCAUCAGAGGGUCCACACGGGAGAGAAACCCUAUACGUGUCAGCAGUGUGGGAAGGGCUUCAGUCAGGCCUCACAUUUUCACACACACCAGAGAGUCCACACUGGAGAGAGGCCUUACAUAUGUGAUGUCUGUUGUAAGGGCUUCAGUCAGAGGUCACAUCUCGUCUACCAUCAGAGAGUCCACACUGGAGGGAAUCUGUAGAAAUGAGAGGUGUGGUUCAGCCUUCAGUUAGAGCUCACAUCUUUGUCUCCGCUGGGAAGUCCAUGCUGAUGAUUGUGAAAAGUUCCUUUAAAACUAGAAGCUUCAAAGAAUCUUGACAGGAAAGAAGUCUCUCAAAUGCUGUGUUUUAGACUUGGUUAGGACAUGAAUUCUUUACAAACAUCAUAUUUCACAGAUGCGAGAAAACUUUGUUCUGUAAAUAUGAUCAGUGUUUAUAUCAGAGUACCAUGUGUCCCAGUUCUCAAGAUGUAACACAGCAGAAAAGUCUUGUCGGCGUCUGCCCAGGAGAGAGGCCUUCCUUUAACAAAAGUAUGAUUGACAGAAAAAAUGGAUGUCAACUAAAAUGUAACCUCUAUGUAAGGAGGUGUUUUUCACCACUCUAUCUCUACCAUGUAGAAUUGUGCUUGGCUCAUAAUAGGGCCCAGCAAUUUACUGAAGAAAGUGAAGAAAAUACCUAUAAUUAGGACAAAUACUUGAAAAUUCUAGUCUGUUUUCUACUCUAAAUUUAUAUUAAUUUAUAUUCAAAAGGAAUCCUGCAAGUAGCCUUAAUAACGUUAGUUUCAGUAAGUACUGAAAAGUAUAUAAUACUGCCAUCCAUACUAACACAAAUUUGGAAAAAAGACAUGAAUGGCUCCCAUCCUUCAGCCUUAGUUCUUUGUACAGUGUAUCAUCAGUUGUGUACAGUAUGAUUUUUAGUGCCAUUAGUUUAUAGACUGAACAAUACUGUUUUUAUCUAAUGUGACCCUGCAAUUUACAUGAUUGGAAUUUUUGGACACUAAGCUGUACUGUAACUCUGAAAGUGUUAAAAGUAGUUACUGAUGACAAAAAGUUUCUUAGUAAACUUGAAUUGUUAA